UGAUGUUAUUAUAUCAGAAUCAGAGAAAUACAACAAGCAUUUGUGUUACGCGGUUCACAUGUUAAUUUCCGGAAUACAAAUCGAUCAACGGUAAAUAAACGAAAAUGGAUUUUCAUAAAGAUAAAAAUGGCAGCUACAAAAUCGACCAGUAACAUAUCAACAAAAAACGUACCACCGCCAACCUAUCAUGUAAAAUUAAAAUAGAGAGAUAAUGAAUCGGGCAUUGGGCAUCAUCGAUAUAUAAAACAAAAUUUGAUUGUAAAAUAUUAAAAAAAAAGUUAUCAAAAUUGAAAAUCAUUCUUCCGUGCGUAUCAGGAAAAUAUCAUACAAAAACGAACAUUUAUUAAAAUCAACAUAUCUGGAAUCCGUUUCGUCGGUGAAUGAAUAUAUAAUAUACAUUUAAUAAACGGAGUGAAAUUAUUGUUACAUUAUUACAAUCAUUUAUGUUUUUAUCUAAAUGGCCGGCAAAUUAACCACUGAAAAAAUGAUAUUUGUUCAUUGUGUCUAUUUCGCACAUCAUAUCGUAUCGGAAAUGGUCAAAACUUUAUGAAAACGUAAAAAUAAAUAAUUCUCGCGUGAGUAAUUUCUCAAAUGUUUCAAUAACAAUCUCUGUGCCAUAUGAAAAAUUAUAAUAAAUUAUAAAUGAACAAAAAAUUACACGUUGCAAAUUAGGCCAAUAAUGACAUAAUAAAAAUAAUAAAAAAAAAAAAACAUUCGGCUAAUCCACACAUUCCAUUCAUAAUUCUUAUAAAGGAAAACCAAAACAUAAAAACCAAUUUAUUUACCUGUGAUCAUACACGCGACAACUGAAUCGAGAUACAAAUAAUUUUUUUUAAAUUUUAUCUCCACGCGAAAUAAUAGUUAAUGUGAAUCAGAUAGUACGAUUUCACGCGAAAUAACAUUCAACACUUAAAAUUAUUGGAAAAAGCCAUCACCUCAAUAAAAUCGUAACCAUUUCACACAGCAAUGAAUAUCCUAAAGUUCAAAAUGAGCUUUUUAUGGCGUCGUCGAUCUUCCGUUGUCAAAAUAGUUAUAUUAUUAUCGGCCGUUUGGUUUACAGUUGCAUUUCUCAUUUAUUCGGAAGACCAUCGUCCGAGUUCCGGUGGACAAUCGCACAAUUUGCCACAAAGUUUGAAAAGUGAAUUCAAUGAAAUUGAAUUGGACAAUAACAAUGACAUAAAUGGAUUAGAAUCGGUAAUCAAUAACGUCGUUAUCAAUGGAAAUGAAAAGGAACAUGGCAAGAAUGGAUAUCAUAGAGGGGAUGCACAAAGGAAUGGAGCUGUUAUUGAGGACGAUAAAAGUGUGCUGAUACCGCCGGCAGAUAAUUCGCCGGAUGCGCCUGGUGAAAUGGGUCGACCUGUUGUUUUGCCAACAAACAUAACCGGCGAAUUAAAGAAGCAAGUUGAUGAUGGUUGGCAGAAGAAUGCUUUCAAUCAAUAUGCGUCCGAUUUGAUAUCGGUCCAUCGAAGUCUUCCAGAUCCCAGAGAUUCUUGGUGCAAAGAGCCAGAUCGUUACUUAGACAAUCUACCACCGACUGAUGUAAUCAUAUGUUUCCAUAACGAAGCAUGGACAGUUCUAUUGCGAACUGUUCAUUCCGUUUUAGAUCGUUCGCCGGAAGAGCUGAUUGGUCACGUAAUCCUUGUAGAUGAUUUCUCCGAUAUGGUACACACCAAACAACAACUGGAAGACUAUUUUGCAUCGUAUCCAAAAGUUAAAAUAGUCAGAGCAGAGAAACGUGAGGGACUUAUUAGAGCACGUUUGUUGGGGGCGAGACAUGCUACAGCACCUGUUCUAACGUAUCUUGAUUCACAUUGUGAAUGUACGACUGGUUGGCUGGAGCCAUUGUUGGACCGUAUUGCUCGAAAUUCAACAACUGUUGUCUGCCCAGUGAUAGACGUAAUAGACGACACAACCAUGGAGUAUCAUUGGAGGGACUCAGGUGGUGUCAAUGUCGGUGGCUUUGAUUGGAGUUUACAGUUUAAUUGGCACGCUGUACCGGAACGAGAACGAAAGCGACACAAAAGUUCUGCCGAGCCCGUAUACAGUCCCACUAUGGCAGGUGGUCUAUUUUCUAUCGAUCGAAAAUUCUUUGAACGACUUGGCACAUACGAUUCUGGUUUUGAUAUAUGGGGUGGCGAGAAUUUGGAACUAUCGUUUAAAACAUGGAUGUGCGGUGGUACGUUGGAAAUUGUGCCGUGCUCCCAUGUCGGUCAUAUAUUUCGAAAGAGGUCACCAUACAAGUGGCGUUCCGGUGUUAAUGUACUGAAAAGGAAUAGUGUACGUCUGGCUGAAGUGUGGUUAGACGAUUAUGCCAAGUAUUAUUACCAAAGAAUUGGCAAUGAAAAGGGUGAUUUUGGUGAUAUAUCUAGUCGUGUAGAGUUAAGAAAUCGCUUGGAAUGCAAAACUUUUAAGUGGUACUUAGACAAUAUCUAUCCGGAACUUUUUAUCCCUGGAGAAGCAGUGGCGUCAGGCGAGAUAAGAAAUAUGGCCUACGAUGGAAGAACGUGUCUAGAUUCACCAGCCAGAAAGAAGGAUUUACGUAAAGCUGUUGGACUUUACCCUUGUCACAAUCAAGGAGGCAAUCAGUAUUGGAUGUUAAGUAAAACUGGCGAAAUUCGGAGAGAUGAAGCCUGCUUGGACUAUUCCGGUGGUGAUGUGGUUCUAUACCCUUGUCACGGCUCCAAGGGAAACCAGUAUUGGGUGUACAACACUGACACCAAUCAAUUGCGCCAUGGAUCGUCCGAUAAAUGUUUAUCGAUGACAGAGAAUAAGAAGAAAAUUAUCAUGGAAGAAUGUAACAAACAUAAAGAGCCACAGAAAUGGAAACUACAAAAUUAUGAUGCUAGCAAAUUGUAAUUGGAAACCGGGAUGGAAUUCUAGAGCGGUGGAAAUUUUUGUUUUUAUUUUAUUUUCUAAUUUAUACUGAAGAAUGUAGAGUGGGAUGUAAUGAAAUGUAGGCAAAGGAUAUAAUUGUAAACGAUAUUCAGAUAAUAAGACUAUUUAAUCAUAAUAUUUAAUUCGAUCGAUCCUUGGAUAUUGUUUGUAAAUAAUUUUUUUUUAUACAAAUUCAAUACGCAGUGACGCCGAUAUUACUUUCAUCAUUUUACACGAUUUCAGUUCAAUUCAUUCCACAUCCUAUAACGAUGUUACCAUAACGCACUUGCCGUAAUAGAGGCAAUGUUAUGCUAUGGUAAUAAGACCGUUUGAAAUGUACCGAGACCAUUUACAAUGACGAAAGCUCUAUCUUUCACACAGUAUAUAAUUGAUCGUGUGCUAGUGAUGUGGCCGAUUGAACGAACUACCGUCGGUUCAUAUAAUCCUUUAUACUGAAAAUUUGUCGUAUUUUAGCUUAGUGAAUCAACAAAACUAUUUGAAAAAUCAACCAAAUUUUGAGAAUGUAAUACAAUUGAAAAUGGAUGCGCAGGGCCAUACUGGUUAUUCUGAAUGAUCCGUAGAGAUUCCUACUCUGCCCUUUAAAGCUCGAAUUUUUUAAAAAUAUAUAUUUUUACACUUUUCAAUUUAAAAUUACUUUUUGUUGUGAAAUGAAUUCUGAUAAUUCUUUCACCGUGCAUACCGUACACACAUGGUCAGUGCUGUCUUUAGCUUCUUUGGUGCCAGAGGAAAUUGCCCAUUGAUGCACUUUGCAUAUUUUAUUGAAUCGUUCAAUUCUACUACUUCAUUGCAAUUGUCUAAUGAAAUGUCGAAUUUAAUCUAUUUCGUUUUCUAACCAAAAUACAUUUUCAUUGUCUUAGAAUUAUCGCAGUGAAGUUAUAUAGUUCCUCGUACCGAAUACCGUAUAACCAGUAUGAGAACCCAUGUUCCUGUAAAUUACAGAGCACACAAUACUAUCAUGAUAAUCCUGGAUCAAUAGAAACUAUUUGAAAGUAUUAAAUUAUAGGAAUUGCAAUUUAAAUAAAACAAAAUAUUCAACAUCUCAUCAACAAACCCAUAUACUAUAACAUUCAUUCUGUUUAAAGUUUAAGUAAAAUAUAUACAAUCAACGCUCAAUUGUAAAUUAAUUGUAAAUAUUUGAUAAGACAAAUAUUGAUAGGUUAACACAGUUUUACCUACUACUAUAUAUCACUCGAACAUUCCAGUAACACAAAAAGUAAUGCAUUUAAACGCUAUGUGUGUUACGUCGCAACUGUAGAAUAGCGACAAUAGGCGCAUUAAAAAAAUUGCUUCAAAAGUGGAGUGGAAAGAUGUCAGUCUUUGACUUAUAUACAAUUUGACCAAUAUUCCUGAUGCAUCACAUGUCUCUUUCCACUUUUUUUUAUUGAGAUCACUCGAAUUCCAGAUGAUUUCCCUAUGUGAAGACUAUUACCCUUCCAAACAGUGUGUAAGUUUUUGGCAUUAAUUAAUGUUGAGUAUACGGAAGAAAUUAGUUUGUCGAUCUUCCGGCUCUGAGUGAACCAAGCAAACAAAAUAAUCUUACCCUAAACAAACGGCUAGUCAUCUGUUAACGACAAGCGAAAAAAGUAAAUGAUGAGCUCGGGCUAACAUUCGCUUAUAGUGAAACGAAUCAACAAGAUUGUUUGAAAAAAUGAAGAUACAGAUUUUGUAUUAGACGCUAGGCAAUGCCUUAGACAAAAGAAGUAGCAGAUUAGUCGUUUGUAAAAGGAUGAAAUUUGAUCUAGGGCUAAACAGCAGAGCAGAACAUUAUAGUGGAAAUCUAUUCCAUUGCAAACGCUGCUACCAUACUGACUCUCUUAUCCGCUGAUCGACUUAGCAUUAUUGUUUGUUAAAUUCAUCGUAUAUUCGGACUUGGAAUUGUCACCAAAGUCAUUAAAUAAAUUUAUUAAAUCAAAAUCUUUGUGUAAUUAAAUUAUCCUGAAACAAAGAACAAAAAGAAACAAAGAAACCCAUUCAUAUCACGAGACUCAAAUGCAUUUACAAGCAUUUCUUCACUAGACCAACAAAAAACUGAGAUUUUUUUCUCAUUUGUUCGGUAAAUUCUUGAAAAGAAAUUAGAGAAUUGCACAGUUUUAUCAAUCUAACCAACUUACGUGUAACUGGCCAGUUGUUUUAAACAAUUUUAUUGAUUUAUUUUUUACCUUACAAACUGACGUGCAUAUCUAUGAACCCAGAACAUAUUUGAAGAAAAUUCAAACGAUCUCAAUGAAAUUGCAAUCGUUUAAGGAAAAUAAAAAAUUAUUAAAAUAAACAAAAGAAAUCGUUUAAAAAGCGAACUUAUUAUAUCAAUCACUAAUAUAAACAAUUUAAACAAAAAAAUAUUAUAAAGAAAAAUCCAGUCGUUGUUGUUAUAUGUAUAACUUAUUGAUGUAAGACGUGAGACAGGCGGUGAAUAGAUGAGAGAAGAGGAAAUUCUAAAAUGUAUUCACACAAUUUAAAGUAUUCAAAAAAUAAAUUAGGGAAAAUUUUGCUAAACGUAUAAGACAUAGAAUUUAGUUUUAAAAAAAAAACCUAAGUAAGACCAGGUGUGGCAGGAAGACAACUUUUGAAAUCUUCUUGAGCAUAAUCGGCUUUUACACUGAAAAAUACAAUUAUUAUUGGCUGGACCCUAGCGUGCCCAAUGCUCAAAAAUAUGAACUAGACCUGAAAACGAGGCUCAAGACGGUUUCAAAAGAAUAUAUCGUGCUACUGUCAUAUCUGAAUAAAACAUUUCAGGCUGAGGGGGAAGUGACGACGAGAGACGAUGUUACAGGUUCAAAAAAAAACGAGAAUAAAAUUA